AUGGUUAACGUUCCUAAAACCCGCCCGACUUUCUGUAAAAAGUGCGGCAAGCACCAGCCUCGCAAAGUGACCCAGUACAAGAAGGGCAAGGAUUCUCUGUGUGCCCAGGGAAAGCGGCGUUAUGACAGGAAGCAGAGAGGCUAUGGUGGGCAGACCAAGCCCGUUUUCUGGAGAAAAGCUAAAACUACAAAGAAAAUAGUGCUGAGGCUUGAGUGUGUUGAGCCCAACUGCAGAUCUAAGAGGAUGCUGGCUAUUAAGAGAUGCAAGCAUUUUGAACUGGGAGGGGACAAGAAGAGAAAGGGACAAGUGAUCCAGUUCUAAGCUCCAUUUUUUGCUUUUUUAUGAAGAAAAUAAAA